AUGAUCUUCCAUGUUUUUGCCACACUGGUAGCCUCUGUUAUGGCAGCACCAAGGCAGCAAACAUACGGGUGCGAUGUUUCGAGUGCUCAGAUGUCACUUCCUAGCACCCUUUCCCCGCCCAGUGGCGCCGGGCCUCAAUUUAUUGCACUUGGGGCUGGCACACAAAAUUAUACCUGCUCUGCAUCAGGAACUUACACCUCAGCGGGAGCUGUAGCAACGCUCUUUGACCUCAGCUGCCUCGAGCAAUCGGACAUAGAAACGUUCAAUAACAUCCAAACCUACGCAUACAACGUGAUCGGCAACUGGAACAACGUUGUAUCUGUUCUGGCACCUUACACCCACGUCCUCGGAAAACAUUACUUUGUGUCCCAGAGUGGCACUAUCGCUCCUAAAUUCGACUUUACUCAAACUGGUAAUGGAUACGUGAUCAGCAAGAAAAUUGGGGGCGCCUCGUCGCCUGAUGGCUCUCAGAAUGUCGACUGGCUCGAGCUUCAAAACACUUCUGGAACCUUGGCAAAGUAUGUCUACCGAAUCAAUACCCAGGGGGGCCAACCUCCCGCGUCGUGCACGGCCGGUCAGACCGUGACUGUUCCGUAUACGGCCAAGUAUUGGUUCUAUAACUAG